AUGCAGAUUCCUCAGGUGGUGUUGGUGACGAUGAUUGAUUCGACGUGUCCAGAGGUGAAGGAGGACAUCCGACUGGUGUACAGGAGCGCCCUCAUCAAAAAGAAGAUGGACACCUGCAGACAUCAUCUGAAAGUGCCCAUGACCAACAUCUUCCCAGUGAAGAAUUACCACGAGGAGAUUGAUCUGGAUAAUGACAUUGAUGUGCUGCUGCUGUCUGCUCUGACACACAUCCUCAAUCUAGCCAACGACCAUGUAGCUGGUGCUGAAUCCACAACCAGACAGGUGCCAAAAACACGGAGGAAUCCAGAUGAUGGAUGGAUUUAG